AUGCCGAAGCGCGGGCUUCUGUCCUUUGGGCUGCUUCUAGCCGUUGGUCGGCUGUGGACCUUUUGUGGACUGAGCCAGGCCUCGCACGAUGGCCGCACCACGCGGACGGAGCGCCAACGGGCGGAAGACGCUCAGUCAGAGAUCUCAGCGGAGAGGAGCGAAGAGUUGCUGAUCGCACUGGGUCGAAAUCUUUGGGCGGCGGCCGACGAGCUCUUGGAGGUGAGUGCCCUCCUGGCUGCCGCGCCUUUGGGCCUCCAAGCCCUGGACGUCCGGAAGUUCUCCCCGCAGGGCCUCGGGGCCGCCGCGCUGGCGCUCCGCAGCGCAGCAGAUAUGAUGCUGGAUGAGGAUUGGGAAAGCGCCAUGGGAGAGCUAGAGGUCGCUGCCGUCUCCUGCGAGGGCUUCUUGCCGCCCCAAGCCAUGCAAGGCCUUGUGGACUUGUUCGCCUACGAGGAACCCAUCCCCAGCUGCGAGUGGAAAGCCGGGAGCCGAUCGCUGAGACGCUUGUCGCGGAACUUGGAGAAUGUGAUCUCCCGGCUGGGUGAGGGCGAGGUGGUGAAUUCCUUGCUGCGCGCGGCGGAAGCCUUUCGGGAUGCUGGGCAGCUUUUUACCGGAAGCUUUAAGAUGCCCCCAGACCCACGGAUCUACCGCGGACCGCGGGGGCAAACGCCACGAGACUUCUAUGGCAGCUUCUACCAGCCGCCUGAGCCUCAAUAUGUGGAGGACGCUCCACCCGGCAGCCCCGCUGGGCAGCUCCUGCAGUCGGUGGCGGCGGAGUUGGAGGCAGAGACCACGUCCGAGGGCCGGCGCUUGCUGCUGCGGCGCCUGGUGCGGAAGCUGCAUCCGGAUCAGAACCGUGGGAAGGACGGAGGGAACCGUGGGAAGGACGGAGCUGAAAUGUUUGAUUCACGUGCUGAGCAUGAUGGGACAUUGGGGGUUGGAGGUUUGAUGCUCACCGAGAUAGAUAAGCUCACCCAGGUGGAGGGUGGAAAGAAGGUGGAAGAGCAAAGUGACGAGAAAGACAUGGGCAUGUCUUACGAUGAGCUCGGCGAUUUGGGACAUCUCCGGAAGGUGGAGAAGUGCGGGCCCCUCUCCACCUUCCUGAAGCUGCGACAACUUUGGUCCCACAAGACGGCCGACUGGACAGGGCCGCAGGACAACGACAAGGCCAUCACCCCGUCGAUCCGUGUGAAGGUUCAGCCUCAAAGCUUUGAUGAGAAGGUAGCGCAGAAGGUGAAGGACUUCUACUUCUACAAUGCCAUCAAUCGACACAAGACGAUGACCACCUUGACGCCCUCCUACCAUGCGGAGAACUACUCCCCGGACGACAACCGCUUUGAUCUGAGACCUUUCCUUUUCCCAGCAGCUUUUGAAGCGCAAUUCGAAGCGAUCGAUGAAGUGGUGAAAGCAUGUAAAGGAUCCUAG